AUGGUUCGCAAACUCCCAACUGGAUCUUCUUCAUCAUUCUACCUCCACUUAUAUCAGAUUGUGGAUGAUGGUUCGUCGGAUCCGAUCAUCUCGUGGAGCAAAAGCAAUGACAACAGUUUCAUCGUUUGGGACUUGAAGAGGCUUCGCAGCAACAUUCUUCUCAAAUCCUCCUCUGUAUUGGGCAGAAACUUGUCAGAGUUUCUAGCAAAGCUUCGCUCUCAUGGCUUCAAAACAGUCUUCAAGGGCCCUGGGGAGUUGGAGUUUGAACAUGAUGAUUUUGCGAGAAGCCCUCUAAUGAAGAAGAUGAUGGCUAAAGCUCUGUCCGAGAGAAUUGAAAAGUUUGAUGCUCAGAUCAAAGCAAUGAAGUGUAAACUCAAAGCCAAAAAAGAUUCCCUCAAAGUUGAGAAUCUCUUUCAAAACCUGCAUAUCUGA